AUGGCAGCAAGUGGAAAUGAAUAUCCUACAAAAUCUGGCAUCAAAGCGUGGGUAGACCCAGCGACGCCAGACAAUGCACAGCAGAUUACGACGUCUCGAGGAGAGACUUGGCAGCUCGUUAUGAGUGACGAAUUUAACACAGCAAAUCGAAGCUUUCGACCUGGUGACGACCAUAUUUGGACAUCGAUUCAAAAACCCGAUGGCGUGAAUGGUGCCCUCGAAGUUUACUCGCACAACAUGACCUCGACCAAAUGUGACGACGACGGUACCUGCUAUUUCUACAUUGAAGCCAUCGAUGAAGUGACUAAUAUUACCGUGUACAACGCCUAUCUCCAACCACCCGCGUAUGAGAAUGUGCCCUUCUACUACAGGGCAGCUAUGGUUCAGUCGUGGAAUAAAUUUUGUUACCAAGGUGGUCUAGUAGAAGUCAGAGCGCAGCUACCUGGAGCAGUAUCAAAGAAGUCUGGCAACCCAGAUCUUGCUCUUGGCAAAUCUGGACGAGUGGCAACUGGGAAAUACUACCCGACAUGGCCAGGUAUUUGGAUGAUGGGAAACCUAGGUCGUGCCAUCUUCUCGGCGUCUACGAGUCGGAUGUGGCCAUUUUCCUAUAACAAGUGCGAGCCAAACUUGUUUGACCCCACGAACCAGCGCAUUAGUGCGUGUGAUGACGAUCCAGGAUACGGUCUCAACAAGAAUCAGGGUCGGGGUGCGCCUGAAAUUGAUAUCCUGGAAGGAGGGGGUCUAGCAAUCUCGUCGUCGUUGCAGAUUGCUCCUGGAAUGCCAAACGACUUCAGACUUUUUCCUGCAGCAGGAGAGUACGAUGCAAAGGAUAUGGUCUGCGUCUACAAGUAUAGUUGUGAGACUCCUGGCGCGAAUAUUGUCGAUAUACCCACCGCAUACUACAAGCAGAAACGAGGCCAUAAGUCGUGGUACCAAGGACUUCGGUAUGCCUCCAACAACUUUUGCGGCUCGUCAGCUGAUGAAACACAGAAUGUUGCCAAGAUCAAAGCAUCACUGAAAGCUGGAAUUAAAGACAACACUUGCACUAGCAGUCUCUGCCCAGCGUCAUUUGAUCCUAACAGUAACCUGGAUUUAAUCGACGGAGUCGGAAAGGAUUACUGGGGAAUUAAUACGAAUGGUACGUGUUUCCCACUGAUGAACUCGUAUAUGGGCGCGUUCUUGUGUGAUCCGGACAACACAGACAAGAAAUGUAUUACGCCUCGCAACUCUUCUACACCAAAAACAAACUCCAUGGAGCCUUUCAGCUACCAAAUGGAUGCUAUCUCAGCAAAUUGGCCUGUGCAUUUAGGUGCGUAUACGGACUACUUUCUAUACCAAGUCGAGUGGGUCACAGGUAAGAAUGGGUACGUGCGUUGGAUGGGAGCCGGCCAACCUCUUUUUGAAGUCACAGCUGAGGCCUUAUCGGUCGUCCCGCAGAAUGGCAAGAAAAAUAACCCGCAGAAGCUCAUGCUAGAGGAACCAAUGGUUAUUAUUUUCAAUGUGGCAUUGUCGCGUUCAUGGGGCACCGUGCCUCCAAACCCCGGAAGUGAAUGUCGUGGCAACAAAAGUGAUGAAAAGGUCAACAAAAUUUGCGAUGAGUUCCCAAUGUUCAUGAAGAUUGACUACAUCCGGCUUUAUCAAGACUCGAAGGGGAAUCGUGGUGAUGAUGAUUAUAUGCAGCUCGGCUGCGAUCCGGCUAGUCACCCGACACGAGAAUGGAUUCAAGGUCACUUGGAUGAGUAUGAAGAUAUCGACAAUCCGUGGACAGAGGUGUCAGGAAAAGCAUUCUGUGAUACUGACGAUGACUGCACGAUCAGCCGCAAUGGCACGCAAAAAAAGUUGGUCACUGGUAGAUGUGUGAAAUCCCGAUGCAGCUGCACAUACCCAGAUUCAUGGGGUGGACCUCGGUGCACGUUGGUAGUCACUGAAGAGUUAACUAGUGCAACUUCCAUGACCAAGCGCGUCUAUGGCCCUCCGAUGGCAAUCUCGGUCGGUGUAGCAUUUCUUACGCUUUUUUCUACCAUUAUCGCAGCCUGGAUGUCCAUCGGAACAUUAAAGAAACAGGCCGAUGAAGCCAUCGAGGCCGCGGAGGAGAAAAAGUUGAGAGGAUCAGUUCCAACACGCUUGAACUCAUCUGUAUACGAGUUUGACGCAUCGCAGCCUAAGGACAACUACAGCCAAAACUUCCUGUAG